CCUCCCCCCCCCCCCCCCCCCCCCCCCCCCUCCCCCCUCCCCCCCCCCCCCCCCUCCCCCUCCCCCCCCCCCUCCCCCCCCCCCCCCCCCCCCCCCCCUCCCCCCCCCCCCCCUCCCCCCCCCCCUCCCCCCCCCCCCCCCCCCCCCCCCUCCCCCCCCUCCCCUCCCCCUCCCCCCCCCCCCCCUCCCCCCCCCCCCCCCCCCCCUCCCCCCCCCCCCCCCCCCUCCCCCCCCCCCCCCCCCCUCCCCCCCCCCCCCCCCCCCUCCCCCCCCUCCCCCCCCCCCUCCCCCCCCCCCCCCCCCCCUCCCCCCCCCUCCCCCCCCCCCCCCCUCCUCCCCCCCCCCCCCCCCCCCCCCCCCCCCCCCCCCCCCCCCCCCCCCCCCCCCCCCCCCCCCCCCCCCCCCCCCCCCCCCCCCCCCCCCCCCCCCCCCCCCCCCCCCCCCCCCCCCCCCCCCCCCCCCCCCCCCCCCCCCCCCCCCCCCCCCCCCCCCCCCCCCCCCCCCCCCCCCCCCCCCCCCCCCCCCCCCCCCCCCCCCCCCCCCCCCCCCCCCCCCCCCCCCCCCCCCCCCCCCCCCCCCCCCCCCCCCCCCCCCCCCCCCCCCCCCCCCCCCCCCCCCCCCCCCCCCCCCCCCCCCCCCCCCCCCCCCCCCCCCCCCCCCCCCCCCCCCCCCCCCCCCCCCCCCCCCCCCCCCCCCCCCCCCCCCCCCCCCCCCCCCCCCCCCCCCCCCCCCCCCCCCCCCCCCCCCCCCCCC